AUGAAUUCUUGGUUCGAAUGCGACUGGUGUGAUACUUUCAGGAUCUAUCAACUAUCAUGUUAUUGGGACUUAUUUGCAUGCAUCGAGUUCAAACGUCUGCACGCACUUGAUCCCGUUACAUUUGCUCCACUACAUUUGGUCCUGCUACAUUUGGUCUCGCUAUAUUUGCUCCUGCUACAUUUGGUCCGGCUACAUUUGGUCCCGCUACGUUUGAUCUCGCUACAUUUGCUCCCGCUACAUUACCUCCAGCUACAUUUGCUCCCGCUACAUUCGCUCCCUAUACAUUUGGUCUCACUACCUUUGAUCCAGCUGCACUUGAUCCUCCUAAAUUUUGUCCUGCUAUAUUUAGCCACAUUUGGUCUCAUUACAAUUGAUGCCGCUACAUUUUGUCCCGUUAUAUUUGAUCCCGCUACAUUUAGUCCCGAAACAUUUUGUCCCGCUUCAUUUGAUCCCGUUACAUUUGAUCCCACUACAUUUGAUCCCGCUAUAUUCGAUCACGCUACAUUUAAUCCUGCUACAUUUGGUGCCACUAAAUUUAGUCCCGCUACAUUUGGUAACGCUUUAUUAUGUUCAGCUACAAUUUUUUCCGCUACAUUUGAUCCAGCCGCACAAGUGUAG